GAAAUUUGUUUCAAACGAUAACUGGAAAAGCGUAAGCUGGGAAUUUCACCAAUUAUCCUCAAAAUUACGUAUUUUGACUGCAGUAUCCUAUAUUGGAUGAGGUUGUGAAGGCGCGCAUUGUGUAUCAAUUGCGCUACGUUAAUAUGGUUCACAUGACAGGUUGGCCGAAGGGUUCGGCCGAGAAAUUCCUGCAUUCCACACCUGUUGCUAAAACAAUAACUCUAUAUCCUUUGAAAAGUUACAGUUUUGGAACAAAAGAACCUAAUUAUGAACGUGAUAGAAGUGUCCCAGCUCGGUUUCAACGUUUACAAGAAGAUUUUGAAAAGUAUGGAAUGCGUCGUUCAGUUGAAGGCAUUCUACUUGUACAUGAGCAUAACUUACCUCAUGUUUUAUUACUUCAACUUGGUACAUUUUUCAAACUUCCUGGUGGUGAGCUACAUCCAGGAGAAGAAGAAAUUGAAGGAUUGAAACGAUUAUUAUCUGAGAUGUUAGGUCGUACAGACGGUGUUCCAGUCGAUUGGAUUCCAGAAGACUGUAUUGGUAACUGGUGGCGACCGAAUUUUGAACCACCUCGUUAUCCAUAUAUUCCUGCGCAUAUCACUAAACCAAAAGAACAUACCCGCCUAUUUUUAAUUCAGUUGCCUGAAAAAACACUGUUCGCUGUACCAUCAAAUUAUAAGCUGGUUGCAGCUCCAUUAUUCGAAUUAUUUGAUAAUGCUAGAGCCUAUGGCCCAAUCAUUUCUUCUCUGCCUCAAGUAUUAAGCCGUUUCAACUUUGCCUACAAUGACUAACCGUCAUCUGUUGAACGUUGUAAGAUCAGAACAAACGUGUGUGCGUACCUGCGCGAAAGAGGGCAAGAGUGCAGAGACAGACAAUGUGAAGACACAGUAUAAGACUGACGUAGCCUAAAUGGCUUAAACUGAUGUUAUUUUCUUUUUAUUAUUAUUAUUAUUACUAUUAUUAUUAUUAUUAUUAUUAUUAUUAUUAUUAUUAUUAUUAUUAUUAUUAUUAUU